AUGGAGUCUCCCCGUUUGGUGCUGCAGGUUGAGGCUGAACCGCCAGAUCCUCCAAAGGUGGAGUCGCCGGCCUUCACCGCUGUGGCCCCGACGGGGCCACCGGCGGCCUUUGCUCCGAAGGAACGCGUGAAACGAGGCUUGAGUCGACAGGAGUCCAAGAUUGAACAGGUCCUUGCAGAGCGCUUGGAUCUGACUCCAGGAAAUCUCCGAGAGGGGUUGAGGCAAGUUGGGCAAAAAGCCAAAGAGCGUAGCAUGGUGCUUGAGCGUGUUUUGAGCAAGCGAUUGGAUGAGGCCAAAGUUCAGCCCAAUGAAUCCAAUGGCGAGAUUCCAGUGGUGUGGGGACUAAGCAUCUCGGCAGAAUCGACCAUGGUGGCCGGCGCACAAGACGCGGCCAGCUGCACCGAAGUGUGCGAAUCGCGGUCGUCCCGGGUUGCCGAGAUUCUGGCAGCCAGUGGCCAGCAUGAGAAAGGGUUGCCGGAGACCUCUCUAGCGGAGCUGCGUUCUCGUGUGCGUGCCUUGUCCGUUGAGCAAGGUACAAAGUUUUUGGAGAUGCAGUUGGGUAUCUCCAAUCGCGUCGUUGCUCCAAUGAGAUCUGGCCUGUGCGAUCUGGGGUCUGGCAUUUGGGACCGGCAGGGACCCCACAGUCAAUGGGACAACCGGACCACCCUUGCUGAACUCUCGCUAUACCCUGUGGUCAGCGAUGUCAAUGUUGUCGCUGACUUCACUAAGGGUGAUGUUUUCAAGGUGGUGCCGGUGGAAGUUUUGCCUGUGGUGCUGAACCGUCAAAUCAAGGCAAUCAUGGCGCUUUGCAAUCGUGAUUCGAGGGUGACACCGUUUGUGGAAUCCUUGAUCUUCGGCGAUGCGUUGGAAGGCCGGAGAGAUGCUGCUGAGGUUUCUCUAAGCGUUCCCCUUAUUCUCAACGAGCAGCAGCGAGCGGCUGUAGCACAUGCCGCGAGUCAGCAGCUCACUUUGGUGCAAGGACCUCCUGGCACUGGCAAGAGUGAUGUCGCUGUGGCGAUCGUGGAGCAGUGGCUGCGCCAAGAAGCUGAGAGAUCAAUCUUGGUGGCUACUGGCACCCACGCAGCCAAGGAUGUGUUGCGUCGCCGUUUCGCUUCCAAAGGGAUUGUGCCGCUUUUAAAGCUGCGAGGAGGCGACAAAGACGCUGCGUCUCAAGAGGUCUUCGUCGAAACUGUCUACAUGGCAGCCGAGCCCGAAGACAGGAAGCUGCAGCGUGUGGUUUUGGACGAGAGUUCACAAAUCACAACUGCAGCAGCUUUGGUUGCACUCACUCGUGGCUGUGAGCAGUUGGUUCUGAUUGGAGACCCUAAGCAGCUGGGGCCGAUUUCAAGCUUCGGUGCUGACCGGUUAGCAUUGCCAGAAGAUUCCGAGGUUUUAGGACCAUUCAGUCAAGAACGGCAGGGUUUCUUCGAGGUGCUCCGGAAGAGUCGGAAGGACAAAGCGAAGCACAUGCUGCAGGUACAGUACCGAAUGCAGCCUCGGCUUUGUGAGUACCCUUCGCAGCGUUUCUACAACGGGGAGCUGGAAACAUCACCUUCCGUGGUAUGCCGGGCCUUGCCUGGAAACUUCCUAGAAGGUUUCACCUUUAAGGAUGGACCCCGCGACCAUCCGGUGAUCUUUCUGGAUUCUGCUGGUCUGAACUUUGCAGAGGAGUUGGUUCGUCGCUCAGGGAGUGCCAGCUUGCAGAAUCCCAUGGAGGCUCAGGUGGUAGCUGCACUGCUACGAUCCUUGCAGGCCUCUGGGCUUGAUCCCAUGUCCAUCAGCGUAAUGGCAGGCUACAACGCGCAGAUCAGCUUGAUGGGGGAGGUGGUCCACGGCAGCAACACGGUGGCACUUGCGCAGCAGCGCAAGGGCCGCUCCAUGAUGAUCCGCUUGCAUGGCAUCGACCCUUUGGCGGAUGAACCACAUCCACGUUUUCACACGGUGGACGGAUUUCAGGGCAACGAGAACGACGUGGUGAUUUUUAGCGCCGUUCGAAGCAACCCCGAUGGCAUCACUGGCUUUCUAGGGCAGCGCCAAAGGCUAUGCGUCUUGCUCACACGAGCACGCCACAACCUCGUGAUUGUGGGUGACAGCUCCACGUUGCAACAUGAUGAGGAGUGGGGAUCUUGGCUUCGAGAUGCAGAAAAACAAGAAUUCACUUUGGACCAGCAGACCACGCAAAGACUCCAGAGGCUAGAAGAAUUGCGUACGAAAAAUAUUGAUUUAAAA